AUGUCGCUCAGCCCCCUCUCUCCUCAGGCUCUGAUUUUGCAUCGGGAAAGCUCAGGAAUGGAGCUGCACACUCAGCCCCUCUCUCAGAAGGAGACCCAGAAGUUAGGACUUGGGGACAAGGAGGCAGAGAAUGCUAGAUCACUCAGAAAAAAACAACAAAAAAAACCCUCUGACGGCCCAGGACCCCUCAAAGGGGAUCCGAUCUACUCCAGCUUCUUUCCUGGACCUCCCUUUACUCCGCCCUCGUCCAAGGCUUCUCCCUCUCACUCGAAGCCGCAGGCAUCCCACGCGCCCCACCAGAAAUCUACUCUUCAAAGACUUCCUUCCGAGCCCAGCAAAGCCCGGCGCGCUCGCUAUCCGGAGAGGCAGCAGACGCGCGCGGGAAGGGGAGGCGGCGAGGAGAGCCCUACGCUGCCAAAAGCAAGCCCCGCCCCAUCCCCGCCCCUUCGCCUCGGGCCCGCCCCCCGCCUUAGCCCCGCCCCGCCGCCUCGGCUCCGGCCCCCCGCCACGGCUCCGGCCCGCCGCCUCAGCCCCGCCCCGCCCCCAAGCCUAGGCCCCGCCCCAAGCCUAGGCCCCGCGCCCGCCCCUCAGCCCCGCCCCACCGCCUCGGCCCCGCCUCGCCCCGCCCCGCCGCCUGGGCCGCCACGCGACGCCCCCCUCCGGGUCAGGCUCCCGCGCCCGAUUUGGUGUUUGGGGGGAGGCGGCGGGAGGGGCGGCGUGCGCGGCGGAAGGGGAAGGGGAAGGGGAGCGGGAGCAGGCUCUCAGCCGUGUCGCCGCCGCCGCCGCCCGGUGAGGACCCGCGAGGCCUCGGCGUCCCGCCUCGGAACAAUGGGACUAGGCGCGAGAGGCUUCCUGACGUUGCUGGCCCUGGGGGUCGUUCUUGGGGUGGCGCUGCUGAAGGUCUUCACGGACAGCGCGGACCUCGAGGGAACUCCAAGCCAGAAGAAUCCUAUGUCUGUAGAAAACUCCGACGGUAACCAAGGAGGAACUACAAACCAGAAUGAACCUAAGUCUGAACAAAACUCCAAUGGUAACAACCAAGGAGGCGCUCCAAACCAGAAUAAUCCUCAGUCUGAACAGAAGUCCAAUGAUAACAACCAAGGAGGAGCUCCAGGCCAGAAUAAUCCUCAGCCUGUACAAAACUCCAGUGGUAACAACCAAGGAGGAACUACAAACCAGAAUGAUCCUAAAUCUCCAGAAAACUCCAAGGAUAAGCAAAGAGGCGCUCCAAACCAGAAUAAUCCUCAGUCUGAACAGAAGUCCAAUGGUAACAACCAAGGAGGAGCUCCAAACCAGAAUAAUCCUCAGUCUGAACAGAAGUCCAAUGGUAACAACCAAGGAGACCAACAGGGACAUCCCAACCACAGACAGGAAUCUUCCAACGUCAGUGUGAAGCCAUCAACAGCUUCAGUUUCCCCAAAGAAUGUGACCACUACUACCUUGAAACCUUUGGGAAAAUCAUCAGAAAAUAAAGAUUCCUCAGCCUCAAGUAGUGGGACAGCCACCACCUCGAAACCCACUGCAACAUCUAAAGUGAUAACACCAGUGGUCUCAACAAAUACGAUUUUCACCACCUUAAGGUCUACACCCAAAAUGAUGAAUGUUUCACAAAACACAUCCCAGCUAUCAGUAUCCACGGUUACCACAGCCCACAAUAGUUCGGUGACAUCUGUUCCUUCAUCAGUAACAGUCACAGCAACUAUUAUUUCUAAGGAAAAUAAAGGAUCAAAAUUUGAUACUGGCAGCUUUGUUGGUGGUAUUGUAUUAACACUGGGAGUUUUAUCUUUUCUUUAUAUUGGAUGCAAAGUGUAUUAUUCAAGACGAGGCAUUCGGUAUAGAACCAUCGAUGAACAUGAUGCCAUCAUUUAAGGGACUCCAAGAACCAAGGGAAAGAAGAGUGAUACAGCCCUAUCAGUUAAUUUUGAUUUAUUACUUUAAUACAGUAUUCUCUUCUUGAAAAUAGCAUAAACAGGCCAUGCAUAUAAUAUACAGUGUAUUAUAUAAAUAUGUAAAGAUUCCUCAUGAUUAUUAAAGGAAAAGGGUUUGGUUUGGGGGUUUUUAAUGAACAUAUGGAGCAUAUAGUUAAUGCAGUGGUAUUAUAUUCAGUUUUAGAAAAUACAUAGUGAGACAAACAAGUCCAGUCUUACUUUUCUGUGGCAGUGGUCACAGUGAUUGGAAAAGUGAUAGGCCAGUGAUUGGAAAGCACUAUCACUGAAGGGUAUGAUGCCAUCUGGUCAUUCAAAUAAGGAGCUUGUCUCAGCACUAAGGAUUUUGAUGUCUUUGUUAGUCACACAAAGAAUCUCAGUGCUAUUAACAGCUGGAUAUAUCCUAAUUACCAUUGCCACAUAGCAGAAAUUAUAUGAAUAAGCCACGUCUUACGCAUAAUUUGUUUAUUGUCUCUUCAGAAACCAUCAAUAUUUUAUAAAGUUAGUUCUUUUGUUUAGAACAAAAUACAUGCCCUCCCACACCAAAAAAAAAAUUAAAACUAGAAACAGUAUCUGGGCUUAUCCUUGUUAGAGAACCAUUGGAGAGCCUGUAUUUUUCUUUUGCGCUUUCAAUAGCAGUUGAUGUAACUGCCUUUUUUUCUCUCUGUAAUUGCGGUGUUUUAACAUAAUAAUGUUUUAAAGACUUAGUUGUUAGUAUUAAAUAAUUAGAUUAUUUGCUACUGUGAGAAUACUGUCACCACUGGAAAUUACUUUAUUUCAUGUUCAGUUGUUAAUUUUAUAUUUAGUGAAUAUUUUUAAUAGAUGUAGAACUGCUUUCAAUGUUUAGAAAUGGUUAACAUAAUAUAAACAGACCUAGCUUUAAAAAAAAAAGACCUUUAGAUGAUUUCCACAGCAACAGUUAGCAGUCUGGUCCAGAUGAGAGAGAAGAGCUGUGUCUGCCAAGCCGGGGGCUGUGGGGCUCCCCUCAGGCUGCUAAACCUGUAGGUGCACUCCAUCAGUGUCACUCAGAGAUUUGGGGAAAUAGUGUCUUUACACUAAAACACCAACAUAUUUUGGAAUAAAUUCUUACACAGUUUUAAAACAGGAGUUUUUAAGACUGGACGUUCCUGCUUCCAUAUUUGGGUCUUCUCUAGACUACUCUUCUCCCCUGCUGAGGAGGAGGCACUUUCAGAUGUAUUAUGUUAAUGGAGAGAAAAAGCAUAAUAUUGUAAAGACAGCAGUAUUAGCCAACAUAUUUUGGAGUGUUUUCAGCUUUACAGUUUAUAUUCCAGGACACAAAACUCAGGGUCAAGUUUUAACAAAAGAGAUACUUAGUCAUACUACGUACUAACAUACUGUUUCUUCUAUCUUAGACGGUCAAAGUAAAUCACACCAAUUUCUGACAGCCCAGAAAUGAGCUAAGAAGUCCUAAUAAAUGUGUACAUACAUUUAAGAGGCAUUAAAUGUAACUUUUGUGCAGAGAAUCAAGAAUUUUGAUAUGAAAGGAUCAUUUCUAUUCACUGUGUAUUAUGGCCAACUAACAUGAUGAAUAAUAAGAAUUAUCCAAAAUAUGGAUGUGACAGGAUGGAUGGAUGUGACACGUGCAGUGUGGAAGGAGUGUUAUUAAACAUGUGUUUGCAUUAGUUUGAAAAGAGAUCUGGGCUGAUAGAUAAGUUGUGUGUUACUAACUUAUCCAUAACUGGUCUUUUAAUCACUGCUUCAUUUCUUUGCAAAAUAUACUGAAGACAUGUUUUACAGUAAAGAAGGCUUUUUAACCUUAACUUGUCUUCUGAAUUCCUGAUAUUUCAGUACUUCAAGUCAGUCAGAACUUUGUAGACAGGCCUGAAAUUUUCUUGAAUACUUGUUUCUUAGCACUUUGAAAAUAUAAAACCACUUUUUAAGUACUGAAUGUCAUUAUUUGCCUUUAAAAUUUCCUGUGCUUGGGGCUUGAAAUAAUUUAGUUAUGUCUUUUUCUGUAUAUAAGUUGUAUAAUUUGUUACUUUCAAAUAUCAGUACUUCAAUGCAAUCAGGUUUUGGGGUUUGGGGUUUUUUUUUUUGUUAUCUGCAAAAACUAAGGGAAACAGCUAUAUAAACCAGUAUUUCACUUUGGAGCACAUUUCCUAAGCAUAAAUUUAUCUUCCUCAUUAUGUUUACUUCAGCAAAUAUUCAGUUUCAUUUGCAUUCUUUAAGAAUGUAGUUACUUGAAGAUAAAAGCAAUUCAAAUGUAUGUUUAAAUAUUAGGUAGAAUUCAACCUAUGAUUUUUAAUGUCCUUGGAUAGUCCAUAGAAUGAAUAAUUCAAAUACAGUUAAUGAGAGCUGGCAAAAUUAGAGUGAUAAUUUUGUAUUUUUCAGGAAAAAAAUAUAAAGCAAAUUUCUGUUAGAUUUUUUCUUUUUAUUAUAAGGACCAACUUUUGGUAUUGCCUUGUUACUGAGAUCUAUUUUUAGAAUAAAAUUUUGUUCUUUAUCCAA